UACGCGGUGUUGACAUUCACAGCAGAGCGCAUGAGGCGCACCAGACACGCGGAGUUCAUCCUCUCUCACCCGGUGACAGACAGAGACAUGCAGUGGUAACCCAGCGCUACACACUCUGAUUUGUUAAAAGCCUUUAAGGAAAAGAACAUACAAACAAGAGAGAGCGAGCACACGCGGCAUUGUAGAUCGUUACAAUGACGGCUAAAACUUUGGAGAAGGUGCCGGUGAAUCUCGGGGGGUUCGUGCACCCCGCAGCAGAGAGCGUGUACCCGGUGGAUGACAUGGGCUCCAGCCUGCAGACCUCUGUGGCUAUCUUCCCUAGCGGAGACAUGGGAGCUCAUUACGACCAGAUCAACAUGGCAGAUGGCUUGAUGAGUGCAGAUCUGAGCAUGGAGAAGCGCUCUCUGGACCUGUCAUACUCCAACGGCUUCUCUCAGCCCGCACAUCACCGCAACCAGACCUUCACCUACAUGGGAAAGUUCUCCUUCGACUCCCAGUAUCCAGGUAACUGGAACCCCGAGGGAGUGAUCAACAUCGUCUCGGGCCUCUUUAACGUGGCCCAACCACCACCUCCUUGUCCCUCCUCUUCAGCGUCCUCCUCCCCGGUUUCUUCUGGAUCUCCCAAUCACUUCUCCAGCGGAAAUUUGAGUUGCACCAUGGCGGCUCAGAACCAGGCUGAGAUAGAUCACCACCACCACCACAUGUACUCUCCUCCACCUCCGUACUCCUCCUCUGGCUGUGGAGAGAUGUACCAGGACCCCUCUGCGUUUUUGUCCCCCACCUGCCCCAUCGCCUCUUACCCACCGCCCUCUUACUCUUCGCCCAAGCAGCCCGGGAGCGACGCGCCUGGGCUGUUCCCCAUCAUCCCCGACUACUCGGGCUUCUUCCAGCCGGCUUGCCAACGGGACAUGCACCCUGCAGGUAUCCAAGAUCGGAAACCGUUCGGUCCAUGUCCGCUUGACACUUUCCGUGUCCCUCCACCUCUGACCCCGCUGAACACUAUCAGGAACUUUACGCUGGGGGGUCCGGGUACUGGCGGCUCCGAAUGUGGACCAACGAGGCUACCCUCUGCCUACAGCCCUCAGAACCUGCCCCUGAGGCCGAUCCUGCGGCCCAGAAAGUAUCCUAACCGACCCAGUAAGACGCCCAUCCACGAGCGGCCGUACCCGUGUCCGGCUGAGGGCUGCGACCGGCGGUUCUCCCGCUCCGAUGAACUGACCAGACACAUCCGGAUCCACACCGGACACAAGCCGUUCCAGUGCCGCAUCUGUAUGCGAAACUUCAGCCGCAGCGACCACCUCACCACGCACAUCCGCACGCACACGGGAGAAAAGCCGUUCGCGUGUGAGUUCUGCGGGCGCAAGUUUGCCAGGAGCGACGAGAGGAAGAGACACACUAAGAUCCACCUGAGACAGAAGGAGAGGAAGUCCUCCACUGUGUCCUCCUCGUCCUCCUCUUCCUCCAGCAGCUCCGGGUUGGAGCGGCCGUCAGGCGCCAUCAGCACAUCUGGCGGGAUGUGUUCAUAGUUUCCCGGGAAAACGUUUUUGUAACCAUGGCAGCGUGGCGCACACUAACCACUUAAAGAAAAAUGACUUUUAAAUAAUGAUUCGGUGUGUUUGAAUGUUGUGAACUAAAGAGAGCAGCAUAACCUGCAGGAUGGGAACGAACAAGAUCUUCUGUGCAGUGGUGCGCUUUUACGCACAUCCACCCAUUCCGUCUCAAGAACUGAUGGAGAGACUGACACGAAUGCACUUUGCCUGUACAGUCUACUGAAAAUAAAAUAAAUAGCUAUUCAUUCAUAAGAAUAUAUGAAGGCGGUUGUAAUAUAAAGGGGACUUUUUUAAUUUCGCCAACUCAUAGGCCAACUAGAGCGCGCAACAGGCUGCGCGUAUAAAUGUGAGAUAACGGCAAUAACGUUUUAAAGAAAGAAAACAGUCUAAGUUAUUUAAUUGAAGUGUUCAUUCUAACAUGAUUGUAAUGAUUAUAAUUCCCCUUUAGUGCCUUGCUUUGUGUCUUUUUGUACACUGACUGAUUCAAGGACGCUUCUAAUGCAAUGUACAUUUGUCCUUAUUUAAAGUUUGAAGAAUCUAUUUUUGUACACAUUUCGUCUCGUCUAACAGUUGUGGUUCAUGUGUAAAACAAUGUUGGAAUGUAAAUAUGUUGAACUCUUA